UAAAUACACGCCCAUACCAAUGUUCUGCAUCAGUUCUCUAGCAAACUUGCAAUAAAGUGCACGUUACUUGUGGUUCAGUUAAAACUUUGACUUCAUCAUAUCAUACACUAUGCGUCUUAAUUCGGUGGUUCCAAAUUUCCAAGCUGAUACAACUCAAGGACCAAUUGAUUUCUAUGAAUGGCAAGGAAAUUCCUGGGUAGUUUUGUUUUCACAUCCGGCGGAUUUUACUCCAGUUUGUACGACAGAGCUUGGCCGAAUUGCAGUUCACUACCCUCAUUUUGAAAAGAGAAAUGUAAAGCUACUGGCCCAUUCAGUAGAUAAACUUAAGGAUCACGUCGAUUGGGUCAAUGACAUUAAAUCUUACUGUCAGGACAUUCCUGGAUCAUUCCCAUAUCCUAUUAUUGCUGAUGAUGACCGUAGUCUAGCAGUCAAAUUGGAUAUGAUUGAUGAGGAUUCCAAAGAUGAUGCAGAACAUGCUCUGACUGUCCGUUCUCUUUAUAUCAUUGAUCCUGAUCAUCGCCUUCGUUUGAGCAUGCAGUAUCCUACAUCUACUGGUCGCAAUGUCGAUGAAAUUCUUCGUGUUAUUGAUUCUCUACAACUUGUUGACCGUAUACCACAAAUCGCUACGCCUGCUAAUUGGAUACCAGGAGAAAAAGUGAUGAUUUUGCCAACCGUUCCUGAAGAAGAAUUAGAAGCUCUUUUCCCUGGAGGAGUUGACAAAGUUUGCAUGCCUUCAGGAAAAGUUUAUGUUCGCACCACUACUGAUUAUUAAAUUUAUUCCUUUUCACUAUUACACAAACAAUGUUCCCUCUUUAACACAAUUAAAAAAUGUUAUUUAUCUUA